UGCUUGAAUUUUCAAUUUCAAUAAUAAGAAAUCUUAAGUGCGGGAAAUAAGUAUUUAAUAUUUUUUUUAUAUUUUAGAAACUUUUUAAAGAUAUAUAAAAAACAAUGUCAAGUCCUAUGAGAUUAUCAGCUACAGAUAGUCCUGGAAGAACUCCUAGAAGGCAAAUACAGACUAAUAGAUCUCCUUCUGCUUUUGGUACUCCUCGUAAUGCUGUCCAUAAUGAAAAUAAUGAUAAUGUAGAAACUCCAUUAAGAUGGGGUACUACUGGCACUACUGGAGGUGCUACAAUUGUUGCUUCUUCUGAACAUGAAAGUGCUAUUGAUUCUGGUGAUCAUUUUACAGACCACUCUGGUCCAAUUCAUGGUUCAGAAAGUGGUUUGCAAUUAUCUUCUCCAAUUAAUUAUGGUACACCAAGUUCAUUAGGAUCAAUUCGAACUCCAAGAAGUGGAAUUCGAGGGACUCCACUUAGACAUAGACCUGAUAUCAAUACAGAUAAACGUUUACGUCAAUUUACAAUGCAAGAACCUAUUUCAGAAAUACAGAAUGGUACAUCAGAAAGUGAUACAACAGGACCUCAAUUGGUUGUUUGGGGUACAAAUGUAGUUAUAAAUCAAUGCAAAGAACAAUUUAAAUUAUUUUUUCAACAAUUUAUUGAUCCAGAUGCAGAAAAUGAUGAACUACCAGAAAAUAUGAAUUUAUCAGAACCUUUAUAUCUUCAAAAAUUAGAAGAAAUACAUACCUUAGAAGAACCAUAUUUAAAUGUGAAUUGUGCUCAUGUGAAAACAUUUAAUGAACAUCUUUAUCAACAAUUAGUUUCGUAUCCUCAAGAAGUGAUUCCAACACUAGAUAUGGCAGCAAAUGAAUUAUUUUUUGAAAAAUUUCCAGCAGCAGUUUUAGAACAUCAAAUUCAAGUGCGUCCUUUUAAUGUAGCUAAAAUUAAAACUAUGAGAGAAUUAAAUCCUUCUGAUGUAGAUCAAUUAAUUACAAUACCAGGAAUGGUAAUUAGAGUUUCACGGUUAAUUCCACAAAUGCGAGAGGCCUAUUUUAAAUGUAGUAUUUGUGCUUUUACAACUCUAGUAGAAAUUGAAAAAGGAAAAACAAAAGAACCUACAGUUUGUGCACAUUGCACUCAUAAAUAUUCUUUCACUUUAGUACAUAAUUUGAGUCAUUUUUCUGAUAAACAAAUGAUUAAGUUACAAGAAGCUCCAGAUGAAAUGCCACAAGGACAAACUCCACAUACUACUGUUUUAUUUGCACAUAAUAAUUUAGUAGAUGCAGUAUUACCUGGAGAUAGAGUUUCUGUUACUGGAAUUUAUAGAGCAGCAACACAUAAACCUAAUUUUGAACAUAAUUUUCAAGCCAUUUAUAAAACUUAUAUCGAUGUAGUACAUUUUAGAAAACAUGAUUCCAAACGAUUAUAUGAUCAAGAAGAUGGUAAAGAACAUAAUUUUACACCAGAAAGAAUAGAAACUUUAAAAUUAUUGUCACAGAAGAAAGAUAUUUAUGAACGAUUGGCAAGACAUAUUGCUCCUAGUAUAUAUGCAAAUAAUGAUGUAAAAAAAGGAAUUAUUUUACAAUUAUUUGGUGGAACUAGAAAGGCUUCUACUGUAAAUGGCAAACAUUUUAGACCUGAUAUUAAUAUAUUACUAUGUGGUGAUCCAGGUACAAGCAAAUCACAAUUGUUACAAUAUAUUUACAAUUUAGUACCACGAUCUCAAUAUACUAGUGGAAAAGGUUCCACUGCUGUUGGUUUAACAGCUUAUGUAACAAAAGAUCCAGAAACUGGGCAAUUAAUAUUACAAACAGGAGCUUUAGGACUUGCAGAUAAUGGAAUAUGUUGCAUUGAUGAAUUUGAUAAAAUGAAUGAAAGUGCAAGAUCAGUAUUACAUGAAGUAAUGGAACAGCAAACUUUAAGUAUUGCUAAAGCUGGCAUUAUUUGUCAAUUAAAUGCGAGAACUAGUAUACUUGCUGCAGCCAAUCCAUGUGAAUCUCAAUGGAAUAAGAAUAAAACGGUAGUUGAAAAUGUGAAGUUACCACAUACAUUACUUUCUCGUUUUGAUUUAAUUUUUUUAAUGUUAGAUCCACAAAGUGAUACAUAUGAUAGUAAACUUGCAACUCAUAUGGUAUCUUUAUAUUAUAAAACAUCAGAAGAAGAUGAAGAUGAACAAGUAAGCAGAAGUAUUAUUCGCGAUUAUAUAGUUUUUGCAAAAGAACAUGUUCAUCCUAUUCUUAAUGAAGAAAGUCAACAAAGACUAAUACAAGCUUAUGUUGAUAUGAGACGAGUUGGGAGAGGACGUGGACAAAUAACAGCCUAUCCUAGACAAUUAGAAUCUUUGAUACGUUUAUCUGAAGCACAUGCUAAAAUAAGACUCAGUUCUAUUGUGGAAUUACAAGAUGUUGAAGAAGCAUGGAGGUUGCAUAGAGAAGCUUUAAAACAAUCUGCAAUUGAUCCAUUAAGUGGUAAAAUAGAUAUAAGUAUUUUAACUACAGGUAUAUCUUCAAUAGCUAGAAAAAAAAAAAAGGAAUUAUGUGAUGUGCUUCAAAAACUUAUUGAAAAAAAGGAUAAAAUUCAUAUACUUAGUCAACAAAAACUUUUUGCUGAAAUAAAGCAAUCUUCUGAAUUGUUAAUUACCCGAGAUAUGUUUGAAGAUGCCUUAAGAGAAUUACAAGAUAAUGGAUUAAUAACAAUAAUUGGAAGAAGCAGUAUUCGUAUUUCUUAAUCCAUUUUUAUUUUAUAUUUUUUUUUUCACUUAUUUCAUUUAUUUUAAAUAAAGAAUAAAAAUAUAUAUAUAAUCUAAAAA